AUGACCACCGAGCCCGAGCCCGACCAAAUCACCAUCCCCGAGGGGUACACCCUCCACACCGAAAACACCGCGCGCAUCCUCCUGCCGCCCGGGAACCAGGCGUUCCUGAACCCCGUCCAGGAGUUCAAUCGGGACUUGAGCGUCGCGUGCAUCCGCACGUGGAGCGAGCUGCUGAACGAGGAGAAGGCGGCGAAGUGGAGGCAGAACCAGGAGAAGCGGGCUAAGAAGGCGGAGCGGGGGCCGAAGGCAAAACGAGUGAAAACUGAGGGGGGCGCUACGGCAGCUGCACCGGCAGCUGAAGGUACUCCAGGCGCCGCAGGCGAAAGCUCGAUAAACCCUGAGCCUUCGGAGCCUGCGCUAGUAGAGGCUGUCGCUGGCCCCAGCAACAACAAGCAACCAGAGUAUCAGCCAUACAGAAGUGUAAUCCUCGAAGCACUCUCGGCGACAGGGCUUCGCUCCAUUCGAUACGCGAAGGAGAUCCCACACGUCAAAUAUGUCGUAGCAAACGACCUCUCAUCCAGCGCGGUCGAGGCCAUGAAGCGGAAUGUCGAGAUCAACGGGCUCGCAGGUCAAGACCCCUCAAACACAGAGGCCUCGGGUAAACGCGAGAACGGCAGCGCGAAGCCUCAGCUAGGGAAAGUCAGAGUGCACGAGUCGGAUGCGUGUGCCUUGAUGUAUAAUCAUCGAACAGAGAAAACUCGCGUUGACGUCGUGGAUCUGGAUCCGUAUGGGACUGCUGCACCGUUCAUCGACGCCGCGGUGCAAUGCGUGCAGGAUGGAGGUCUCCUCUGCAUAACAUGUACCGAUCUCGCCGUCCUUGCAACUGUGAAUUAUCCCGAAAAAUGCUUCUCGAACUAUGGCGGCGUGCCUCUCAAGGCGGAAUAUUGCCACGAAGCCGCCCUUCGUCUCGUGCUCCACUCAUUGUCGACAUCUGCGACAAGAUAUGGUCGGUAUAUCCAGCCUCUGCUUUCCCUCUCUAUCGAUUUCUACGUCCGCGUCUUCGUCCGCGUCUUCUCAGUACCUAAUGAGGUCAAGAAAGCUAUGAGGACCGAUGUGGUCGGGCCUAUCCAUGACCCCAGUUUCAUCGGGAGGGGCAUGCUCUCCGUGGCUAAAGAGGAACUUCCUCUACCGUUCUACUUCACUCCCUCAAGGGUCGCAGGGCACUUCCACUGCAUAUGCCCGUCGUUGGAUGAAGCAGCACAACGCACAUUCGCAGACGUGUUCGAUAUCUUCCGUCUGGAUCAAGAAGAAUCCUGUUCGGAUGGACAAGGUCUCGCCAAUUCACCUACGUUCCACCUCCUGAGCAAGGAGCCCAAGGCGGAAGCAAACUUCAAGCACCAUCCACAAUCGGUCACCUCAUCGUCCAAGAUCAAAAUCGUCCGGUAUCAAAACAACCCAACGCCACACUGGGGUCCCGCGAAGAAAGCGGGCUCCGGGUCUGCUCCGAGUGGAAGAGAAAACGAGAAGGCGACGACGAAUAAUCAUAUUGAGAUGCAGUAA